UAAACAAGGAAAUUAACAGGCUCAGUUUAUGAACCUCUAAAAAGCAUUAAUCUUCCAAGACCUGAUAAUGAAACUCUGUGGGAUAAAUUGGAUCAUUAUUACAGAAUUGUCAAGUCAACAUUGCUGUCAUAUCAAAGUCCAACCACAGGUCUCUUCCAACCAAAACUUGUGGUGGUGAUCAGAAGGCCAAGAUCCAGGACAGUCUGUACUGUGCUGCUGGUGCCUGGGCUUUGGCUCUAGCAUACAGGCGCCAUUGAUGAUGACAAGGGAAGGACCCAUGAGUUGGAGCCUCAGCUAUAAAAUGUAUGAGAGGAAUUCUCUACUGCUAUAUGCGUCAGGCCGAUAAGGUCCAGCAAUUUAAGCAGGAUCCUCGUCCAACAACUUGUCUUCACUCUUUUCAAUGUGCAUACAGGAGAUGAAUUGCUCUCCUAUGAGGAAUAUGGUCAUCUUCAGAUAAAUGCAGUGUCACUCUAUCUUCUUUAGUGGAAAUGAUUUCCUCAGGACUCCAGAUUAUCUAUAACACUGAUGAGGUGUCUUUUAUUCAAAACCUUGUAUUUUGUGUAGAAAGAGUUUACCGUGUUCCUGACUUUGGUAUUUGGGAAAGAGGAAGCAAAUAUAAUAAUGGCAGCACAGAGCUGCAUUCAAGCUCUGUUGGCUUAGCAAAAGCAGCUCUAGAAGCAAUUAAUGGAUUCAACCUUUUUGGCAACCAGGGCUGUUCUUGGUCAGUUAUUUUUGUGGAUCUCGAUGCUCACAAUCGCAACAGGCAAACUUUGUGCUCACUAUUACCCAGAGAAUCAAGAUCUCAUAACACAGAUGCCGCCCUGCUUCCCUGCAUCAGUUAUCCUGCAUUUGCCCUGGAUGAUGAAGUUCUGUUUAACCAGACACUUGAUAAAGUAGUUAGAAAAUUAAAAGGAAAAUAUGGUUUUAAGCGUUUCUUGAGAGAUGGGUAUAGAACAUCAUUGGAGGAUCCAAACAGACGCUACUACAAACCAGCUGAAAUUAAGCUAUUUGAUGGCAUUGAAUGUGAAUUUCCCAUAUUUUUCCUUUACAUGAUGAUUGAUGGAGUUUUUAGAGGCAAUCCCAAACAAGUCAAGGAAUAUCAGGAUCUUUUGACUCCAGUACUUCAUCAGACCACAGAAGGAUAUCCUGUGGUACCAAAGUACUAUUAUGUGCCAGCUGACUUUGUAGAAUAUGAAAAAAGAAACCCAGGUAGUCAAAAGCGAUUUCCUAGCAACUGUGGCCGUGAUGGAAAACUGUUUCUUUGGGGACAAGCCCUUUAUAUCAUCGCAAAACUACUGGCUGAUGAAUUAAUCAGUCCUAAAGACAUUGAUCCUAUUCAGCGUUAUAUCCCACGACAAAAUCAACGUAAUGUGAGCAUGAGAUACUCCAAUCAGGGCCCACUGGAAAAUGAUUUGGUAGUUCACGUAGCACUUGUAGCAGAAAGCCAACGCCUUCAGGUUUUUCUCAACACUUAUGGUAUUCAAACUCAAACUCCUCAGCAGGUGGAACCCAUUCAGAUAUGGCCUCAGCAGGAGCUUGUGAAAGCUUAUUUCCACUUGGGCAUCAAUGAAAAGUUAGGGCUCUCCGGAAGGCCAGAUAGGCCCAUUGGCUGCCUUGGUACAUCAAAGAUUUACCGUAUUCUGGGAAAGACUGUGGUUUGUUACCCUAUCAUCUUUGACCUAAGUGAUUUCUACAUGUCUCAAGAUGUUUUACUGCUGAUAGAUGACAUAAAGAAUGCACUACAGUUCAUUAAGCAAUAUUGGAAAAUGCAUGGACGUCCACUUUUCCUCGUUCUUAUCCGGGAAGACAAUAUAAGAGGCAGCCGGUUCAACCCCAUAUUAGAUAUGCUGGCAGCCUUUAAAAAGGGGAUGAUUGGAGGAGUCAAAGUUCAUGUUGAUCGUCUACAGACACUAAUAUCUGGAGCUGUAGUAGAACAACUUGACUUCCUACGAAUCAGUGACACAGAAGAGCUUCCGGAAUUUAAGAGUUUUGAGGAAUUACAAUUUCCCAAACAUUCAAAAGUCAAGCGACAAAGCAGCACCCCUGAUGCCCCUGAACUGAAGCAACAACCAAACAUUACCAUUACUGAAUGGAAAAACAAAUCCACCCAUGAUAUUCUUCAAAAACUGAAUGAUUGUACUUGUCUGGCUAGCCAAACCAUCCUGCUGGGUAUACUGCUCAAAAGAGAAGGCCCCAACUUCAUCACAAAGGAAGGUACCGUUUCUGAUCACAUUGAGAGAGUCUAUAGAAGAGCUGGCAGCAAAAAACUUUGGUCGGUUGUACGCCGUGCAGCAAGUCUAUUAAGUAAAGUAGUGGACAGCCUGGCCCCAUCCAUUACUAAUGUUUUAGUUCAGGGCAAACAGGUAACUCUGGGUGCCUUUGGGCAUGAAGAAGAGGUUAUCUCUAAUCCUCUGUCUCCAAGAGUGAUUAAGAACAUCAUCUAUUAUAAAUGUAAUACCCAUGAUGAGCGGGAAGCCGUCCUUCAGCAAGAACUGGUCAUCCAUAUUGGCUGGAUCAUCUCCAAUAACCCUGAGUUAUUCCGUGGCAUGCUGAAAAUUCGAAUUGGGUGGAUCAUCCAUGCAAUGGAAUAUGAACUACAGAUCCGUGGUGGAGACAAGCCAGCCAUAGACUUAUAUCAGCUGUCACCUAGUGAAGUUAAACAACUUCUGUUAGAUAUUCUCCAGCCUCAACAGAAUGGAAGGUGUUGGCUGAACAAACGUCAGAUUGAUGGGUCUUUGAAUAGAACUCCCCCCGGGUUCUAUGAUCGAGUGUGGCAGAUCCUGGAGCGAACACCCAAUGGCAUCAUUGUAGCUGGGAAGCAUUUGCCACAGCAACCAACUCUGUCAGAUAUGACCAUGUAUGAGAUGAAUUUUUCUCUCCUUGUUGAAGACAUGUUGGGAAAUAUUGACCAGCCAAAGUACAGACAGAUCGUUGUGGAGUUACUAAUGGUUGUAUCCAUUGUACUGGAAAGAAACCCUGAGCUGGAAUUUCAAGACAAAGUAGAUCUAGAUAGACUGGUGAAAGAAGCAUUUCAUGAAUUUCAAAAAGAUGAGAGUCGGCUAAAAGAAAUAGAAAAACAAGAUGACAUGACUUCCUUUUACAACACUCCCCCCCUGGGAAAAAGAGGAACAUGCAGCUAUUUGACAAAGGUUGUAAUGAAUUUGCUGCUGGAAGGAGAAGUCAAGCCAAGCAAUGAUGACUCGUGUCUGGUUAGCUAGUGAAGAAGAUGUAAGAGGCUCUCUUGAGACACUUUUCCUAGAAGUGUGUUAAGCUUUGUGUUGCAGCUCAAUCAAGGUAGUGGUUAACAGCUGACCUGAUGGUGCUGAUGAGGUGAUUGCCACACCCUUGACCUUUGCAUGCCAUUGCCAAUCAAAUGGUACAAAACGCUUUUAACCAAGUGAAAGAAGUUUUCAUGAUGAUGCCAACUAUAAUAAGAGUCUUCACUAGAUGAUGGAAAUGGUUUAUGAAUUGAAACACUGCACGUUUUAUGAUCAAAUAGCUCAUCAAAAUCAAUCUUUGCUCUUUCAACUGAAUUUUCACCUUCUUGCCAUUAAAAUGAAUGUGCCAACUAGUACUGCUUACUAGAAAACAGAAUGUACUGGAAGAAUGGUGAGCAUUUCCUACAUGGCAUUGUCAUGUUAGAAAAAGAUGUUAAUAUGCAUCAGUAAAGCAAAAAUAGCUAGCUGAUACUUGAUUUUCAGCAACUGCAUAUUAAUAUUUCAGUAUACAGAGCUAUUGUAUAAUUUUUACUCUGUAAACAUGACUGGUUUUAUGUUUGUGCUAAAAUACAAAUAUAUUUUAGCUAAAACUUCAUGUAAUAGAUCUAUACCUUAUCAAAUAUUUUCUUUGAGCUCCUGUUAAAAAUAUAACAUGUGUAGGAUUGUUCAAAAGUGUGUUAAAUUUAGGACUGUCAGCCUUGUAAAAGCAAAAGUCAUUAAAUUUUAUUUCUGAAUUAA